GGAAAGGUUCGUGUUUAUGCAAACUCGACCCUUUGACCGCUUUUCGGAUACUAAGGUGUUUAUUAUUAUUAUUGUUUUGAAUAAUCUCCUCUCUGCUUUACUCGUCUCGAUCUCGUCAUCAGGGCGCGGAUAGCUUCCAUUGCUGUUUGUCCUUUAUACGCAUCAGUAUUUUUUCUUUUCUUUGGUGUCUCCUGUUUCUUCUGUCCGUCUGUCCGUCUGUCCAUCUUAGGCUGCCACGUGUUUUGCGUAGUUUAUUACAUAUUUGGCUUGCACCUCGACAAGUUCUUGCUUUCGCUCUUUGUUUCCCUUGCCGCCCUCUUCCCCAGGCUUUCCGACCACUUCACCUCAUCGUUGCUGUCUGUAUUGCCCAUACACACACACACCUACACCCAUACACACACUAAAGGAGCAACGAUUGCGGACGAUACGGAAGAAAAGCAGUUCCAUUAACAGACUCAAGAGUAUUACGCACGUGCGUUCUUUGCCGCGGGUUAUUUCGUCCGUUGUUCUGUCAUCUAUCGACUUCACCGGCACGUUGGCGCGUGCGACUUUAUUGACACCGUCUCUUCUCUUCAUUUCCCGUUCUCCAGACAUAAUUACUGUUAUUGCUCUUAUUCACAUAUCACAUUCUCUGUCGUUUUUCUCUUCCACGUUUUUCACUCCUGCGGCUUUUUUUCUUCUUCUGCGAAGUUGUCUCGGUCUGGUUUGCCAAUUGCUCCAUAUAUAUCCGUAGUUGUUCCUCUCCUGCAGACGCACAGUCAACCGUGGCUCUCCGUCGUUCCCAGCAUCAGCGUUGUGUACCGCCGGUACCACGAAUUCAUCCCUCAGAUUUAAAAAGAGAGCACAAAGAGCCUGGAAAAGGCAACGAAGAAGAAAGAAUAACACCAAUAACAUUUAAACCACAGAAAUGAGACGCAUUGCCGCCUCGGAGCUGCAGAGCAACGUGCUCCAGCUUCCUCGCCUGCCGAUCCCAGCGGUGACUUCUACCAUGGACGGCUACCGCUGCUCCCUUAAGGCUCUCUGGUCGAACGAGGUCACCGCCGGGCACGUGGAAAAGCUGGAUGCCUUCCUCACCUCAUCAGCACCGGUGCUGCAGAAGUACUUAGUCGAAACGGACAAGGCUGCCGCCGAAGCCGGCACGGCCCCCUUUACCUACCUCGAGACGAUGAUGUCGCAGGCCGCCCUGAGUAGCCGCUACCCGCUGGAGGUGAACAUGAACGCCGGCUUCGUAUUGCAGGACAAGCUUCUUGGUGCCGACCAGACGCAGGCGGGCGUGGCCUCCGCCAUGACACACGCGAUUGCUAGCUGGAUUCAGCAGGUGAGGACGCAGGGCUUACAGGUGGCCGACGACCCAUCGAAGCAGUUCGACGUGUCGCCGCUGCUGACCGAGUUCGGCCGUAGCUUGAUUCCGUCAAAGGAGACAGAUGCAAUCCACACGACGCCGCUGUCGAAGCUGCAACACAUUAUCGUGCUACACGAUGGCCACCCUUACGUGGUGCGCGUCUUCGACGAGAACGGGCUCGUGGUGGACCGCCGACUGAUCCAGAAGGCAUUUGAGUUUAUCCUGUCUAUCACGCCCGACCAGGACAACCCGGCCCCCGUGGCGGUGCUGACGGCGGGCAGCCGCACCGUGUGGGGACAGGCCUAUCAAGAGCUGAUCAAAACCCCCGAGAACGCCGAGUCCCUGCACCUGUUCCAUGAGAGCAUUAUCGUAGUCUGCCUGGACGGCUUGAAGUGGGGCAGCAAUGAAAGCCUCGCUGAGUCAUCCGCCCUGCACGGUGGCAAGGACGAGCUAGAGAACCGCUGGUUCGACAAGCACCAGAUGAUCGUCUCCGAGGAUGGCCAGGUCGCUUUCAACUUCGAGACGACCGCCAGCGACCGCGUGCACUGGGCGAAGUGGAUCGACGACGUGCUGAGCAUCCUGAAGGAGCGCGGAGGUAGCGGGCUCUCCACGAACGGCGUCGACGGGGCGGAGAUCAACGCCGUUGUCAAGCCGCUCAGCGUGACCUACGGAAAGUCCUUUGUCACGCACAUCCGGGCCGCCCGCCAGGAGGCGCUGGCCAUCGUGACGGACACGGAAGCGCACUCCAUCCACAUUCCCUACGGCAGGGCGCAGCUGUCCGCGCUGGCGGUGGAGCCGGACGCCUUUGUGCAGAUGUGCCUGCAGCUAGCCAUGCAUCAACUGCGCGGCAAACUGUGCAGCACGACGGAGGUGUGCAGUACGGCCCGCUUUUUCCACGGCACGACCGAGCUGAUGCACACGGCGACCGAGGAAAUGCUCGAGCUGGCGACGACGCUGGCGCAGCAUCAGCAGGACGCCGCGGCCGCUGCGGCGCUCGACGCGAACGGCAAGGAGACCCUCGCGAAGCUGAUCCGUGCGACGAGCAUCCGCCACGUGCGUCAGACAGCAGCGGCGAAGCGAGGCGAGGGCUUUGACCGGCACCUGACCGCGCUGCGGCACGUGGCUCAGAUCAACGGCGACAAGGCCGCCCUCGCCUUCUUCGAGGAUGACUUGUUUGCCAAGACGAACAACGCUGUCCUGGCGACGAGCGAGUUUAGCAAGCCGUGGCUGCGCUACUACACUUUUGGUCCCAUCAACCACAACGGCUACGGACUGGGCUACGUGAUAGACGACCAGGAAGUGCGUGUGUGCUUGUCUGCGUUUACGAACAGCCCGGCGACGAACGUAUCAGAUCUGAAGUCUGCUUUGGCGAUUUCGUGCGACACCCUGUACCGGCUCCUCGGUGGCACGCCCCCCGCAGCGAAGCCGGCGGCGUAA